UCCAGGCCCAUUCCAAGAUGGCGGGGAUCCCCCUGUACUUUGUGGACUUGCAGGAUGACUUAGACGAUUAUGGAUCUGAGGACUACGGUCCCUCGUGCGACGGCAUGAGGGUGACAGCCUUCUUGGACGUUCUGGGCCAGGACAACCUGCCUGCACUUGCUCGCCUGGAGAAGUACACUUUCAGCGGCAACAUCUUCAGCCGUCAGAUUAUUGCCAGAGGGCUGCUUGAUCUCUUCCGGGACUUCAGUAACAAUGAAGAAGACUUCAUAACGGUAGUGGAGAUCAUGGUCAGAUUGUCAGAAGAUGCAGAGCCCACAGUGCGGGCUGAGCUGCUGGAACAAAUUCCUCCUGUUGCCAUUUUUCUCCAGGAAAACAGAUCCGAUUUUCCAGUGGUGCUAUCUGAACGUCUCGCACCCAUCGUGGUGCGCUGCCUCACAGAUCCAGACAACCAGGUUAGAAAAUCAAGUCAGGAGGUGCUGUUGAUUCUUCUGGAACAAGAUCUAAUUUUCCAGCACGAUACUGAAAGCAAAGUGUGUCCAGUCCUGCUGGCGCUCUCCGCCCCUGACAGUGACGAUGAGUACAGAGCAGAAGCCGUGAGUAUAAUCUGUAAGCUGGCGUCAGUGCUGAGCAAGAGCACAGUUGAACGCCUGCAGCUCCCUCAGUUCUGUGAGCUGUGUGGUGAUGGGAAGCUCUUUCCAGUUUGGAAGGUAUGUGCCACAAAUUUUGGUGAUAUUUGUCAUGCUGUCAGACAAGAAACCACUGAGAAAUUUUUGCUCCCGAAGUUUUUUGAGCUCUGCUCGGACAACGCGUGGGGGAUGAGGAAAGCCUGUGCGGAGUGCUUCAUGGCCGUGUCCCACAACACGUCCCCCGAGGGCCGCCGGGAAGCCCUCUCGCCGCUCUUUAUCACACUGAUCAGCGACCCCUGUCGAUGGGUGCGCCAGGCUGCCUUGGAGUCCCUGGGCCCCUUCAUCUUCACCUUUGCCGACCCCUCCAGGGCUGGCCUUUAUAUUCGAGAAGACGGCACCACCGGCUCCGGAUUCGGACUCGGAUUUCACCUCCGGGUCACCGGGUGCAGGCAGCCAUGCAAGGACUUAGAGCUGCUCCUGAGCGAGGCUGGCCCGCAGCAGGAAGGUGGCGGCACACCCGAGGCCGUGCACCGGAGCUGUGUGGCUAGGAGCGAGAUUCAGAGAGUCCUGGAUGGUUUGCAGGAGCGUAUGAUGAACGAUCCGAUGUGCAGGGUAACUGUUGUCCGCGGUCUCUGCAAGGGUUUCGCCUCCUUGCUUUUCAGCCGUGCGAACCGGUUCUCCCAUAAAAGCGGUUGGAUGCUCUGUGUGUGGCUGGCGUUUAGUUGGAAUGAAGUUAAUGGCCGUGAACAUCAGCACCUCGCUCAAGUUCAGGUAUUGUCAGCUGCACUGAGAGCCGCACAGCUAGACUCUGUGGAUGAGCCCGAGCGCCCGCCGACAGAAGGGCUCAAGGAGGUGUCCAUUUCAGGUCCCAGCCCAGCCCCUGGCGGUCAGCCGGCCCCGUCGGCUUCACCAGCGCGGAACGAGCUCGCCGCGGCCAGGACAUUACAAAGCACAGGUCCAGGCGAACCUGGCAGUGGAACCAGUGACCGCUUGGAGACUGACCAGAGGCAUGGCUGCAGCCCACUUGAAGAGGAUAAAUCUAAAUUACAGGAUAUAAUACCUCAGCCCCUGCUAGAUCAGUACGUGUCCAUGACCGACCCAGCUCGAGCCCAGACUGUCGAUACCGACAUAGCCAAACACUGUGCCUACAGCCUCCUGGGGGUGGCGCUGACCCUGGGCAGGCAGAAUUGGCACUGCCUGAAAGAUACGUACGAGACGCUGGCUUCCGACGUGCAGUGGAAGGUCCUUCGGACCCUAGCCUUCUCCAUCCACGAGCUGGCUGUGAUCCUUGGGGAUCAGUUAACGGCUGCCGACCUGCUGCCCAUCUUCAAUGGAUUUUUAAAGGACCUGGAUGAAGUACGAAUAGGAGUUCUGAAACACCUGUAUGACUUUCUAAAGUUGCUUCAUGGAGACAAGAGGAGAGAAUAUCUAUAUCAGCUUCAAGAAUUUGUAGUGACCGAUAACAGCAGGAAUUGGAGGUUUCGAUACGGAUUGGCAGAACAGCUGAUACUGAUUUUGGAACUCUAUAAUCCUAAUGAUGUUUAUGAUUAUUUAGUGCAUAUUGCCUUAAAGUUGUGUGCAGAUAAAGUUUCUGAAGUUCGGUGGAUCUCCUUCAAGCUAGUUGUAGCAAUUCUGCAGAAGUUCUAUUCCAACAGUGAAAGUGCGAUGGGGUUAAAUUUCAUCAAUGAACUCAUCCUAAGGUUCCGGCACUGUUCUAAGUGGGUCGGAAGGCAAGCGUUUGCUUUCAUUUGUCAGGCAGUGGUGAGCGAGGAGUGUAUCCCUGUGGACCAGUUUGUUGAACACUUACUCCCCAGCCUUUUAAGCCUUGCAUCAGAUCCUGUGCCAAAUGUAAGGGUUUUGCUCGCCAAAGCUCUAAGACAGACACUGUUGGAAAAGGUGUAUUUUAGAAAUGCCGGUAACCCUCAUCUUGAAGUCGUUGAAGAGACUGUCUUAGCUUUGCAGUCUGACUGGGACCAAGAUGUUUCCUUUUUUGCCACCCUAGAACCAAAGCGGCGGAAUAGUAUAGACACUACCAUGCUAGAAAACCAGAAUUAACCAGUCUGCGAUCACUCACAAUCUGGUCAUUUCAUGUGUGGCAUAUGCUGCUCACCACUCCCUGAAGGGGAACUGAUUGUAUCGUACCUGCCCAGGGAGGAAAGAUUUCUGAAACUCUGAUGUUGUGUGCUCAAAUGACCCCUUUCCCAUCUGCACUCACAGGAACUUCUGCUGGGACGGGCAGGAGCCCCAGGUGGCCCGGCCUGUGCUGCACUUCUGUGCCCCUACCUGCCUGAUCAGGAAAUCUGUGAAAAGGCUGUAGAACCAGGUGGCUC